AUGCCUUACCUAACCGCCCUACCUGCCAAGGAAUUCGAGACGAACGAGAAAGUCGAGUGGUCAAUCUCCUGCUCUAGAUCACUCCACGCUUUGCCGGUCCCAGAUAUGACUCAGACACAUUCUGCCUUGAAUUCAGAAUCACCCUCUAUCAAUGCGUUCUCUUCUACCGUAUCUAAAUCCAAGACUGUUCAACCUAAUUCUUUCCAAAUUCCAUAUCUUUCUCCUGGCUCGGCUCCUCGGAGUAAUGUGAAUUCGUGGAAAUCAGUAUAUCUACGAGCGCUUGAUGCCAUUGUAGAGCCGCGGGGUUCAGCCCCUAGUUCCUCAUCACACUCAAGUGGAGACAGCUCAAAUUUAAAUUUCACAAAGUUUUCUGUCCAGCGAGAUUCUGCUUUAGAGGAACAAAGAAGAUUGUCUGGUAUGGGGCAGCGCAUGCCAUUUGUGACAAAAGCAGAUUUAACUGGAUUGAAAACUAAUAUUUCUCGAAAGUUUAGCACACAUAACUCGCUCUUUGACGUAACAAAGGCAAGCUAG